CCGGCCUGUGGCCUGUGGGUUCCGGACGUUCUGGUCGUCAGUCUGAGGCAUAGACACGCUUCAUGAUAUCCCCGCGAAAAUUAACUACUAUAUUAUUAUAACCAAUAUUUUAAUAAUUAUUAUGAUGAUUAUAUUCCAUUGAAGAUUAAUUAAAAGUAAACGUGCCGGUGUGUGCUUGGCGCCUACCUACUACCUGUAGUACAACGCGCACUGUGCAGACUUACUAUAUAGUWAGCUUUUACGAUUAAGCACUUCUCGGUUUUCAGUUUCUCACGUCGCCAACGUAAUUGGUCGUGGUCUCGUGGAGGUGUACAACUACACACGAGCUAAUAUUUGGGCGCAAUGAUAUCGUUGCUGAAGAAGCGRCUUAGGGAUCGAACGCUGUCGGCUGUAGAUCUCUACGCCAAGACGUUGAACGAUAUUGAAAAUAAAUCUGAUCUCAAUGCGUUUGUGCAUAUCAUACGAGAUGGAGACCAGCGAGCAGCAGAAAGCCAUAAACGGUUUCAGGAUGGUACACAGAGGCCACUGGAAGGGAUUCCGAUUGCAGUCAAAGACAAUUUCUGUACUAAAGGUGUGUUCACAACAUGCGCAUCAAAAAUGUUACAAAACUUUGUACCGGUUUAUGAUGCUACAGUGGUAGAACGUUUAAAAGCUGCUGGGGCAAUAAUUAUCGGCAAAACUAACUUGGACGAAUUUGCCAUGGGUUCUGGCACCGUAGAUUCAAUUUUUGGUCCCACUAAAAAUGUAUGGCGUUCGAAACUCGACCAACGGCACAUUGCAGGUGGUAGUUCUGGUGGCAGUUGUGUAGCAGUGGCUUCGGGAAURUGUGUAGCUGCAUUAGGAUCAGAUACUGGUGGAUCUAUAAGAAAUCCUGCUUCAUAUUGUGGUGUAGUUGGUUAUAAGCCUAGUUAUGGCUUAUUAUCACGUCAUGGUUUGAUACCUUUAGUAAAUUCAAUGGAUGUACCUGGUAUUGUGGCUAAGACUGUUGAAGAUGUGGUCACUGUGCUGAGUGUGCUAAUUGGACCAGAUGCAAAUGAUUCAACAUGCGUAGACACGAAUUUGGAUGUAAAUUCAUUUAAAACAAAUUUUUUAAUAGAAAAGUGUCGUAUUGGCAUACCCGAAGAAUAUCAUUGUGAGGGUUUAUCUGAUGAAGUUAAAGAAACAUGGGAUUAUGUUGCGAACCUCAUUAAUAAUUCUAAAGCCACAGUAAACAAGGUAUCAAUGCCUCAUACUAGUGUUUCAAUAGCCACUUAUUCAGUAUUGAAUGCUUGCGAAGUAGCAAGUAACAUGUCACGGUACACAGGGCUUUUCUAUGGUUAUCGAUCAACAAAUGAUCACAAAUCAUUUGAUUCAUUAAUCUCUACCAGUCGAAUGGAAGCUUUAGGAGAAGUUGUAAGGUCUCGAAUUUUAAGUGGAAAUUUUUUUCUUUUACGAAGUAAUUAUGAAAAGUAUUUCAUGCAAUCAUUAAAAGUAAGACGAUUGAUAUCAGAUGAUUUCAAAAACUUAUGGAAAUCUAACUACGACUUUUUAGUUACACCUACUACAUUAACUACCGCUCCAYUAAUAUCUGAAUUUAAGUCUUUAGAUAACCGUACACAAUGUGCUACACAAGACUAUUGUACUCAACCAGCAAAUAUGACCGGUUGUCCAGCUAUUACUAUACCAAUAAAGUUAUCAAGAACUAAGAUGCCAAUUAGUAUACAAAUAAUGGCAUCAAAUUUUGAUGACAUAAGAUUGUUGCAGUUUGCUAAUUGGUUAGAAAAAACAAUACAAUUUUCUGAAGUUCAUGAAAGUUGAAUGUGUAUUAAUUUUAAGUUAUAAAUAUAUUGUAUUAUAUAAACAAUGGAAAUAAUGGUAUGUAUUAUGUUAACAUCUUAUAUAGGAAAGAUUU